AUGUGGUCGUCUGCGGAUUUCGGAGGUUUUGGUGGUAGCACUAAUAUGGGUGGCGGAUUUUUUGCAAAUCCUUCUGCUGCAAGUGCAAAGGUAACUCCACACCUCAGAUUCUUCCAUAAUAAAAUGGCUCCACAGCGCGGUAUAAUUCCUUGUACAUGCGCCGAGGUUGAUUCUGCAACUCAAGAAGGCGACAAAUUUGUCUCACCAACUGGUAUUCAAUUUUCCCACAUCACCUUGGUCGGUGUCAUCCGGUCGGUCAACGAAUCACCCACUCGUAUCGAUUAUGAGAUUGAUGAUUAUAGUGGCCCUUGGAUACAAGUGAAACUAUUUGUUGAUGAUGACGAAUCAAUUCCCGAGUUUUCCAAAACGCGCCCCCUUCGAGAACUAUCUUAUGUUCGAGUGUACGGACAUGUUCGCAGCUUUCAAGGCGUUAGAAAUGUGGUUGCAUUCAAAGUUUUUCAAACCAAGGAUUUCAAUGAAAUUACUUGCCACAUCCUUGAAACUGUUUACGCACGAAUGUUGCAUGCUAAAUCAAGGAACCCUGGAGGACACAGCCAAGCUCUAGCAAAGGGCGGAAUGACGUAUAUGGAUUCAUCAAGUGCUGCUCCUGCUAGCAUCGGCGGUCUUACGGUCUUGCAAAGUCAAGUACUGGCAAGCGUUCGCGCGUAUCCUGACGAACGCGGUAUCUCGGUUUCUCAAAUUCGUGAAAAACUCCGUGGUGUUCCUGAGAAACAGAUACGAGACGACCUGGAUUUCCUCAGUGCGGAAGGACAUGUUUACUCAACCGUCGAUGACGACCACUUCAAAGCCACGGAAGCCUGA